GCCUUGGUGACCCUCAUCCAAGAGCUCAAGCCUGGGAAGCUACAGCCAUGUUUCCUUUGCUCUGAUGCCCACGAGACCCAGCUUUGGUGGUCACUCAGCUCCUCCACCCGCCCAGCAUGAGCUCCACCAUCUACACCAGCCUCUGGGACUUCAAUGCUAGGACGGAGACAGAAAUCAGCUUCAAGACGGGAGACCUCUUCGAGGUCAUCGGGCAGGAAGGGGAAUGGUGGUGGGCCACGAGAGUGGACGGCUCUGGGAGGCGCCUGGCCGAAGGUUACGUUCCUUACAACUACUUAGCCAAGCAGGAGACGAUGGAGGCUGAACCAUGGUUUUUUGGGAAGAUCUCACGCUCGGAGAGUUUGCACCAGGUGCUGGUGGACAGGAACCCGACUGGGGCCUUUCUGAUCCGUAUCAGCGAGAAGAAAGGAGCUGAAUACGUGCUCUCAGUCCGGGAUGACUCCGUGGUGAGACACUACAAGAUCUGGCGGAGCGCCCAAGGGAAGUUUUACAUGAACAAAACACAGUCAUUCCCGGAUCUGCCCAGCCUCGUGGAGUGCUACAAGGCAAAGAGCCUCUCCCACGGCCUCAAGCUGACCAUCCCCUGCUGGAAGCAACAGCACGAACCUCUCCCUCACUGGGACGACUGGGAAAGACCCAAAGAAGAGUUUAGUCUGUCCAAGAAGCUGGGAGCUGGGUACUUUGGAGAAGUCUAUGAGGGGUACUGGAAAAACAAGGUCAAGGUUGCAAUUAAAGUGAUCCCCAAAGCGGACCUGACCUACCAGCGUACAUUCAAGAACGAGUUCGAGGCCAUGAAGAAGCUGCGACAUAAGCACAUCCUCUCACUCUACGCCAUCUCCUCGGUCGGGGACCCAGUAUACAUCAUCACUGAGCUCAUGCCCAAGGGAAACCUGCUGGAGUUUCUUCGAGAGUCGGAAGGGGAGGACCUGCAGAUGCUCGAGCUGGUUGACAUGGCGUCCCAGGUGGCAGAGGGGAUGUGCUACCUGGAGUCCCAAAAUUUCGUUCACCGAGACCUGGCUGCCAGAAACAUCCUUGUUGGAGAGAACAACACCUGCAAAGUGGGUGAUUUUGGACUGGCCAGGCUUAUCAAGGAUGACGUGUACUUGUCCUAUUCCAAAAAUAUCCCCUAUAAAUGGACAGCCCCUGAAGCCUUCUCCCAGGGACGCUACACCACCAAGUCCGACGUCUGGUCUUUUGGGGUCCUUCUGUUCGAAAUCGUCACCCACGGGCAGAUUCCAUACCCAGGUAUGCAAAACAGUGAGGUUUGCCAAAGAGUCCAAGCCGGUUUCCAGAUGCCCUGCCCACCGAAAUGCCCACCGACCCUCUAUGGCAUCAUGCGCAAGUGCUGGCACCUCCUCCCAGAGCAGCGGCCGACCUUCAAAGAUCUCUGUGGGCUGCUCCAGACUUUCACCAACUACGAGAACCCAGAGUGAGCACUCGACCGGCAACGUUUUAUGCACCAUUUCCUUUCACCUCCUUCCGAGACCUGCAUUUUGGUUAUGCUGGUUCCCUCUGUGACGCGAUACAUGAUGCACCAUGCCGUGCUGGCUAAUCAAAGGCUUUUCAUUGCUUGUUCGUUGGAAAGCAGGAAUACUUCUCAGUUCUUGCAGCGUCCCUCUGGAGUCUGAGUAACCUUCCUGGAAAAGAAGGCAUUUAUGCAGAAGCAAAGACUCGUGGCAGUUGUAGUCAACUGUUUUACUAAACAGCCCUGAGAGAUUCAGGAAGGGAACGGCACAAGACAAACCCUUUGGGGAUGAUUCUCCCAGCAGUUUCCCUCUGUCCAUGCUCCCAAUGCACUUGACCCCUGCCGACCAGGCAGUUGUACGUGCUUGCCGAGCACCCAGAGGAGAUGGUAAAUCUUCACAGCACGCUUGGACGGUAUAAAUGCUUAGUAAAAAUAUGCCAAUGACAUGCAUGUCCCAUAGGAGUCUCUAUUGGACCCCUCCCACUGUG